ACGUUCAGCGGAGACGGGAGCAAGAUGGCGAUUCCGGGCAGGCAGUAUGGGCUUAUUUUGCCAAAGAAAGCACAGCAGUUGCACCCUGUUUUGCAAAAACCUUCAGUGUUUGGGAAUGAUUCUGAUGAUGAUGAUGAGACCUCCGUGAGUGAAAGCCUUCAGAGGGAAGCUGCUAAGAAGCAAGCAAUGAAACAGACCAAACUGGAAAUCCAGAAGGCUCUUGCAGAAGAUUCUACUGUAUAUGAAUAUGACAGUAUUUAUGAUGAAAUGCAGAAAAAAAAGGAAGAAAGUAAUCCCAGAUUGCUUUUAGGAAAAGACCGAAAGCAUAUGAAAAUUCCCAGGCCAGGGGUCAAAUUGGAGCUGCAGCUGAGGCCUUCCCAUCGCCAUGGCAACGCCAGAUCAGAGCCAUAUCUGCGACCUAUGCUGCAGCUUGCAGCAGUGCCAGAUCCUUAACCCACUGAGCAAGCCCAAGUAUAUUCACAACUUACUAAAAGCAGUUGAGAUCAGAAAAAAGGAACAGGAAAAAAGAAUGGAAAAGAAAAUACAGAGAGAACGAGAAAUGGAAAAGGGAGAAUUUGAUGAUAAAGAGGCAUUUGUAACAUCUGCUUAUAAGAAAAAACUGCAAGAGAGAGCUGAAGAGGAGGAAAGAGAAAGGAGGGCUGCUGCACUCGAAGCCCGUUUGGAUGUAACAAAGCAGAGAGAUCUCAGUGGAUUUUAUAGGCACUUAUUAAAUCAAGCAGUUGGUGAAGAGGAAGUACCUACAUGCAGCUUUCGUGAAGCCAGGUCUGGGAUAAAAGAAGAGAAAUCAAAGGGAUAUCCUGAUGAAGUAAGUUCAGAGAACAGAAUACCUCAUGAGAAAUGCAGUCUCCAAACUGUUGUGAAAGUUGAGGAAAACCCUGAUGCAGACAGUGACUUGGAUGCUAAGAGCAGUGAGGAUGAUGCAGUGGAAGAAAAUAAAGGGAACUGCAGAAGGGAAAAGGGCACAGAGACCUUAAAAAAUAAUUCCAAGCAUCACAGGAAUCAUACCCACUCACGAUCAUCUAGUGAAGAAAGAGAGCAUGGUACCAAACACUACGCAAAAAGUACCAAGUCAAGAGGACAUGAGAAAAGGGAAGAUCCGCACCAAGAGAGACAGUCCAGGGAGCAGGACAGUUAUUUCACUGACCGUGAUCACCGAAAAGAAAAGAAGGACUCCCACAGGCACAGAGAGGCCAGUUACAGAGAUUCCCACUGGAAGAGGCCUGAACAAGAAGAUAGACUGAGGGGAAGAGACCAGAGAGAAAGAAAUGACAGGGAGUGGAAAAGGGAGAAAGACAAGGAGAAAUACCCCUCCAGAGAACAAGAAAGAGAAAGACAACGAAACAGUUAUGACCGACACGGGGAGAAAGGAGAGGAAAAGGAAGAGAAGAGCAAAGAAAGGGAGGCGAGGAAAGAAAGAUACGAAAACAGUGAUAAAUCCAGAGAUAGAGAAAAACGAGAAGUAAGCUUUCAAUCUUCAGAAAGAAAUCGAGACAGAAAGGAAAACAGCCCAGAUUCUAGGGCAAAGGAUAGGUUUAACCAGGAAAGAGCCAAUAGAAUGAGAAACUUGGAAAAGGACAAAGAAAGAAACCCAGAAAAACCUUCUAGUUCUGAAACAUCACUGGGGGCAAAACACAGAAUCCCAGAGGAGUGUCAAGAGACGGACAAAGAACAAGAGAGGCCACAUGAGGCAGUGAGCAAGUUUGCAAAGCGGAGCAAUGAAGAAACUGUAAUGUCAGCAAGAGACAGAUACUUAGCCCGGCAGAUGGCACGGGUUAAUGCAAAGACAUAUAUUGAGAAAGAAGAUGAUUAAUGACUGCCCCAAUAGAAAGACCUAUGGAACCACAGAACUCCUGGAACGUGCUGUGUGAAUACAUGAAGGAGUGUGUUAACAGUGAUUGUGAGGGUAUUUUAAGAUAUUUUUGAAAUUCAUUUUAGGUUAAGUCAGAAGUGAAUCCUUUUAUCUUGAAUGUUUGACUAAGUUGAUAUAUAAUAUUUACCUAUAAGUACAACAUUUUGGGUUUUAUUCAAGCAGCCUAAAGAGUGCUUAAUCUCCAUGGGUACUUAACAAGGAAAAUUGGCUCCACUACAACCAUUUAAAAAUAAUUUAAACAACUCUCCUUAUGGUGGUAUUGUUACAGGAAUUGUUUUUAUAAAUAUUGUGUCUCAGAUAAAAAUACGUGGAUUUGAACAGAGAACUAUUGUUAUAGUUUAUGUUCUAAAAUUUGUAUUAAAAGCAUAAAAUAUAGAUCACACAUCUUGUCUGAAUAAGCUUUUUUAGUUCAUACUAGGCUUAAAUGAAAAUAAAAAGUGAUACUUUUGUACAUUUAAUUGAUGCUUAUGUUUUAUCUUAAAAGUAAUAUUACUCGUCAUGAUUCCUUUUUUUAAAUUAAAAAUCACUUUAAUUCUGAAA